UGGACCCAAUACUUGGACGGUGGGGUCCCUACCGCCUCGGUCCGGGCCCAGGACUAGACUAAGGAGCCACGGUGCGGAUCCAGCUGGGGUGUCGGGUCUAGGCACGUGAUGAAAAUGAAGGAAGCGGACACCAGAACAAGAAUCUCCUGGUUCUUAGAAAAUUUAUUUCGCCGCAGAUAAUUGGCAAACGGGAUUUCGCGGUGUUGCCCAAGCUGGUCUCGAACUCCUGGACUCAAGCGAUCCUCCCGCCUCAGCCUCGCCCAGUGUUGGGAUUACAGACGUGAGCUACCAUGCUCUGCCCAGGAUUCUGAUCGUGCCUCUGCCCUUAUUAGAACCCAAUGGCAUUACCACCUCCACCAUCACACACCCCCUCUCCAGCCACCCUGUCCUUCAUUGAGACCUUUGUGUUUUCUUAUGAGUAAUUAAAAAGAGAAUCUUAUUUGACCAUUCUUUGACAAUUCAGUCUGCAGACGGGAUCCUGCCCCAGAGGCCCCGGCUUGGAGUUGAAUGCAGGGCCGUGUGCGGGAGGGCCUGCUCAAGUGCCACCUGGCUUUUCCCUCCUUAGGUAGAGACUGCCCAUGGAAAGGAACCCCUCUGAUGGCACGGGCCCCGUGCAUGUGCCUUUGGGGCAUGUUGUGGCGAAUGAGAAAUGGCGCGGGUCACAGCUGGUGCAGGAUAUGCAAGAUGCUGCGUUCUUUAUGUCACUGAAGCUGAUUUGGUGGCAGGAAAUGGCUACAGAAAGAGGCUUGUUCGGGUUAGAAAUUCCAGUAAUAUUCAAGGAAUUGUAGUUGUUGAAAAAACCCGGAUGAGUGAACAAUACUUCCCAGCCUUACAGAAGUUUACUGUGCUGGACCUUGGAAUGGUGCUGCUUCCAGUGGCCAGCCAGAUGGAAGCAUCCGGCCUCAUCAUCCAGUUGGUUCAAGAGCAAAUCAAAGAGCCCAGUAAGAACCCUCUUCUAGGGAAGAAACGGGCCCUGCUGCUGUCUGAGCUAUCCCUUCUUCGAACUGUGCAGCAGAUCCCAGGAGUUGGAAAAGUUAAAGCUCCCCUUCUGCUCCAGAAGUUUCCAAGCAUCCAGAAACUGAGUAAUGCUUCCAUUCUGGAACUGGAGCAGGUGGUCGGACAAGCAGUGGCACAGCAGAUCCAUGCCUUCUUCACACAGCCCAGGUGAGGGCUGGCCUCAGGGACAUGGUGUCGUCUCCCCAGACCACAAACAUCAGGAUCUUGUUUUCAGCUUUAAAAAAACAAGAAAAAGGUCCUGGCACGGUAGCUCACGCCUGUAAUCCCAGCACUUUGGGAGGCCAAGACGGGUAGAUCACCUGAGGUCAGGAGUUCGAGACCAGCCUGACCA